UCGUCCGUUCUCUGCCCGGAACCGUAGGAACGCUCUUCUCUGAGCUCGGCACUGCUCCUACUACCCUGGUACGACUUCUGGACGACUUCCCGGAGGUACAUCUCCGAAAUGGCGUCUCGCUCGCUUUUCCUGGCGGCAAUGCUCCUCGUUUCGGUCGCGGAGGGCGCGUUGGAGAACCGCAGGAUGGCAUACCAACAUAGGCGGUCCGUUUCAGGUCUCCCAGUACCGGAUGAUACCCUUUUCGCCGAACAUCACCCUGCGCUUCAUGCGCGGGCAGACUGCGAACCUGCCGACCCUCUGAACACGCUUACGGACCGCCUAAACACCCUACUCAAUUCCUCCGGCGCUGGAUAUGUCCUUCCGUUGUGUCCGGGCGUCCAGUAUCACAUCCAAGCCCCCAUCCUAUUCAACGCCCAAGAUCAGGAAAUCAGCACCGUAGGCUAUCCUACUGACGACACCCGUGCCACCCUUGUCGUCUCCGGGCCCGUGGCUAACGGCCAGGGCCACACCACCGCAGUGGAUGGCACCUGUCAGAACUGCAGCGGGGUGAAGCUGCGUAACAUCCAGAUCAACGGCACGCGCGCCGGGGCGGCGCCGACGAACGGCGGGGCGAAUAUCGAAAUGGGCGGCUCGAACGCGAACCAGUUGAUCGAAUACGUGCACUCGUUCGACCCGCGCAGCUGGUCGUGUCUGCACAUUGCGGAGGGCGCGUUCACAUGCACCAAUGUCACGGUGCAGAACAACGAUAUCGGCCCGUGCGGGUCUGAUGCGUUCCAGCAGUGGGCGGACGGCAUUAGCGUCAGUUGCCAGAAUAGCUUGGUCCGGAAUAACAUGGUAAACAACCCGACGGAUGGAGGAAUCGUUCUGUUUGGGGCACCUGGAACGUUGGUAGAAAAUAACACUAUAUGGGUCGAAACGAUGACACUUCUCGGCGGUAUCAACAUGGUGGAUUACGACCCCUGGAACGGAAACUACACUAAUACAGUCGUGCGCGACAACACCAUCAGAGGCGGUUUUGCGACUGAGACCGCCGAGGGCACCGAGACCAAAGGCGUCAAUGCUGAAGACGCAAUUAUCAAGAUCGGUAUUGCCAUUGGCCCACGGACCUGGUUCGGCGACCGCUAUUUCAACAACGUCAGCCUGUCUGGGACCGUCCUGAAUAACCAACUCACGGGCGCGUUCGGCUAUGGCAUGGCCAUCUCGUCCGCUACGAACUUCACCGUACAGGGGAAUAUUCUCGUCGGGAACACGUCCUUCAUCGGCUCGAACGGUCCGAACUGCAGCACCACAGACAUCACGCCCACCCCCGCACCUUUCGUCCAGGACGAGACCACGGUCACGUCGUCGAGCAUCCAGGACGGCUUCCAGCAGAUCCCAGACGGCGACAGCUUGACCUGUAUCAUGCCGCCCGACGGCGGCGACUACUGGCCGUUUGGUGGCAACCCGUCGUCAUCGGGGUCUGGGUCCCAGUCUUCCCCGACCUCGGGGUCGUCGCCGACAUCGUCCGACUCUGGCUCCAGUGGAGGCCUCUCAGGUGGCGCCAAGGCUGGCAUCGCAAUCGGUGUCAUUCUCGGUGUCGCCGCGAUCGCCGCCGCCACAUACUUCGUGCGCAACGCCGCGGUCAAACGCGCCAGAGCGGCCGGACGCCGCUACUGAUACCGCCCUUUCUACUUUCAGAACGAGCACACACCACACGAGACACUUAUUAGCUUACGCUGAUGCCGCUGUUCUUGUCAUAGAUUAUCCUACUCCGUCCUCACGACCGAACUUUUCCCCCUAGACAGCUAACAUAUUUGGUUACAGACCGAUAGUGUAGCAGCUCACAGUGUUUGCCCUUAGGUACCAUGUCAACAUUGCUAUAGAGGUGUACGUGUAUUACACAGGCUAUCUGAUACAUUACCGCCUUUGUUGUAUAUAGCGGUUAAU